CAUAUUACUAAAUCUUCUAUCAUCCUCCAUCUCUGUCUUGGUGCAUCUUCAAAAUUAGGAGUUCAGACAACAUGGCAUCUGCUUCAACAGCUGACGUUACUGGGCAAAGUUCAAAUCGAAAUAUAUUCAUAUCAUGGAAAGAAAAAGUUGCAAAUGAAUCUCGUGCAGAUCGUAGAAUUGAAUUUUUUCUUCAAAUGCAUAACUUUCAAUGGAUAUUAGCGGUUGUUGGUCAACUGACCAAUGAUCAUCGUAUGGAAUAUGUAAUCAACCCAAGCUUCUACUUGGAAUAUAAACAAAAUAUCACAGGCUUAGGGAAUGGGAAAUGGAAAAGGAGGUGUGAUGUUGUGAUUUGGCUCAAAGCAAAUAUAUCCAGUGGACCAUUCCCUAAUAAUACUCGUAGCAUGGUUAGUGAUGAAAAUGAACAUAUUUCUCAGGUCAUGGUUGCGGGUGACUUCAGUAUGCUUAUUGAUAAUGAAGGUGCAAAAGCAAGUCUAGCAUUUCCAUCAGGGUAUACUAAUGCAUAUUCUAUACCUUCGAGAGCCCAAAUGGUCCUCAGGCAUGGAGUUAGAAAUUUCGGAGUAAUGGUUGAAGAUGGUUACUUUACACAAGGGUGGAAUUAUUUUGUCAUCGAGCAUGAAAUAAAAUGUGGUUAUGCUGUUAAGUUUCAAUUUUGUGGUAGCUCCACCUAUGAAGUUGAAAUAGUUGACUGGAAAAAGAACAAGAAGGUUUAUCCAUGGUCAAAUCUUGAAUACCAUGAGUGGAUUUAG